AGAACAGUAAGUGCAAGACCACACAUUCCACCCUGUCUUGUUGAUUAACCAGGCUGUCAAAUGAAAGCAAAGCACCAGUACAGUCGCAGAUAAAAUCUGCAAAGUGAAGAGCAACACCGCCAAACUACUCAACAGACAAGAAGCGUAAGUACUGUACUCUCCUCUGUUGCUAAACAAAAUUGUGUGCUGCUGUUAUAGAAAGAGCAGAGCGUAAUUCCUAAUGCCCAAGAAACAAGCCGCUUUCUACCACAGCAGCGUUCUCUCUCAUUAAGCUUCAUUCCUGAAAGUCUCUUUCUGAAUCUCAAACUUCAGUACCAUGUAGCUUUUCCUAUGAAGAAGUUUGUAAACUCAGGACAGAGACUCUUAAUAGCAGAACACUACGUGUGCAUGUUAUUAUUAUUUCUGAAUAACAUUCUUUAUAUAAGCAAUGAAGCUAAUAAAUGAAAAACAGUUCAUUUGGUUUCAAACUUUCGAAGUUUAUAGAGACUAGUUUUCUGAGCUGUGUUGACUGUACAGGGGUAAGAGCAAAAAUCAAAUUACAUUUUUAUCAUUAAACCUGUCCUUAGGACAUUACCCGUAUGUUUCAAGGAUUUGUUUUAUUUGUAAGAGGCUUCUGUGCUAUUUAGUUAAAGCAUAAAGCUUUAACUGCAGCCCAAGUCAGGAAGGAAAAGGGUACUGUAUUCAAGAUUAACUUGAUAUAACUAAUAUGUGAAAGGCGGCAUGUGAAAAGUGCUGUUGUUACUCCAGUGCCAGUAACGAACCUUGUGGUGUAAUUCUAAUACCUCAGAUUUCAAACAGUUUUUAAGACCUGGCUACACUCUCACUGUGCUCCUUCAACAUGUAGGAAGUUCAAAAAAGAGUUGUCAGCUUGGCAAAUUUAGUUUAUCAUUAUUUCUUUUGGAGAUAAUAUUUUCCCUUGCAUGUUUGCUUUCAUGUUUAAAUUGCCUCCCGUUAAAAUUUUGAAUUCCUAUCUUUGUCAGUCCCGCUUUAGGAAAAUGCUUUCUUCCAGUAUCAGUAGAAACAUUUAGUGGGAGUGACAGGCUGCUAUGAUACCACAUGCUUGGGUAAAACAAACAUUGGCAAUGCAAUCAUUCCACUGGCAUCUGCAAGUUUAUCUAAAAGAAAACUAAUUCCAGGAGCUAAAACCUGGGAGGCUUAUUUUAAAAAAAUAUUCUUUCUCUAUAGCUUUUCUUGUUUUAAAGGCAAUGAUGUUGCUUAAAAAUGUAAAACAACAAUACACAUAGAUUUAGGGCCAAACUGCACAUUAUAAUAAGCAUGUGUUAAAAAGCAUGCUUACAGCUAGACACUAUUUGUUUAGAAUAACCAGCUGUGGGAUACCCUGAUCCAGACUGGGACAUGGUAUGGGGAGAGGGGAGGUUUAACCCUCUCAGCCCUACUCUGUUCCCCACCAGAAAUCGCCCCCAUGCUGUUAUUUGUUCCUAAAGGUGCUAUUUGCACUCAAUAGGAUGUGGCUAACUAAAUGAUGAACUACAAGAGCUAUUGUUUUAUGUGGUUUGCUCAGAAAAUUUCACCAGGAAGGAACCAUUUGCAGGGAGAUCUGGGGGAAGCAUUUUUCAAAGAAGGAAUUCCCCUAUGUGAAUUCAGCAGUGAGAGUUACAACACUUACUUUCUGGGUGCUUGUUAAUAUGAUGUCACAGGACCGUUCCAUCACAAACUGCCAUGACUUUGUAAGCAACUUUCUCACUGGAUUGGUUCAAAACAUAAGACCCCACCAUAGCCUUGGAAUAAGCCUUGGGCUUGUAGGCUUCCUCAUACUUUGCAUCUUCCCCUCAUGUCCAUACUUGUAGCAAACCAUUGUCCGUAAUUACAUCUGAGGCAAAAACAAAACUAAACUAUGGCUUUGAUCUUGCCUUGCAAACCAUGAUUGCAAAUCCAAGUUUGAUCUUGGUUUGCACAGCAAGCACAAAUUAUUUUGCCAGGUUGGUUGCAACAACAAAUGACGGUUUGCUGCAAACCAAGAAUGGACGUACUGAAUCACAGAGUGCGCAAGAAGAGGAGGAGGUGCACAAACUCAUUCACAUAGUACCCAACCAUUAUUUGCUUAGCAUCCAAACUGAACCACUGUGUACUAUAUUGUCAAAUGAGACCCCAAAAGGGUUUUGGAUGCCAGGGAUACUAAAAAACAAACAUUUUCUCAGAAAUAAAGCCCUUACAGAUUUAUGUUUUUGAACAGGAUGUUCAUUGGCCUAGUGGAAUUAACAAUGAGACAAAACAUCUGCACAAACUCAUCUUGGAGGCUUUUGCAGUCAUGACAGCAAAACAGGUCCUAGAAUUUAUUUACAGAAAACUAGUGGUUGGGUUUUCCCCUCUAUUUUUUUUUUUUUAUUUUUUUUUUAAGGAUCAGGGGACUACUAUCUAGUCCUACUGGAAUGUUAUUUAUAACAAGCUCCCAAUUUAAUUCCAUCUUAUCUAGGAAGUUUCAUGCUUCACCACAGAACCAACCACAAGGCCUAAAUAAUGUACAGUAUAUUAAACUUGGGAAAGUACUGUUUUAAGACUUCUACUAAACUGCUCUUUGAAAGCAGAUUACUUUUUAUUUCAACUACAAGGUUGAAAUUUUGACCCCUUUUUUAGUUUGUUUGUUUGUUUGUUUCCUUCCCCUCCCCUCUACUUAUUAGUUAUAAACUUAUUAUUGUUGCUCAUUUCUGUUUGUAAAAUAAUAUGGGUAAUAUUCAGUGCUAGUCAUACACAGUGUUUACAUAGAACUAGCUGUUGGAUUGUAAACUGAAAUAAAUGGAGAAGUAACUAAUAUUUUUAAUGUGUCUACUCUGAGUAUGACAAAUGUUGGCUAUUAACUUAAAUCUGGCUUUUUAUAAUUGUGUUGUUUACACAACACAAAUUUGCCCCAAUAUAUUAUGAAAUUGGAAUUUUCUUAAGGCCAGGUCAGGCAUGCAUAGAGAAGCAUAGAAUCAUAUCCUUGUAGAGUUGGAAGGGACUCCGAGGAUCAUCUAGUCCAACCACCUGCAAUGCAGGAAUAUGCAGCUGUCCCAUAAGGAAAUCAUCUGGUUCUGGGAAGCGGGUGGAGGGAAGUUAAUCGCAGCAGAAAGGGAAGAUACCCAUGACUCUUCACCAGCUUGACUCAUUUUUGCCUCUUGGCCUCAUCCUCAGCUUCAGCUUCUGCCUCUGAUUCUGGACUUUUCUGCCACAGACUCUCCCAGAUCACUAAGCCCUGUCACCUCUUCAACUUCCGAUAACCUCCUCCUCCCAGAUGUCUCCCUCUUUUCUCUCUGAUCACUCAUCAUUGUGCUGCCCCGUUCCAUCUCUGAACUUUCUUCCCUUGAUGAUUCCCCAGCUGGUUCCUCCCACCAUUCCUCUGCAUCCAACCAGUCCAAGGGGUUGUUGAAGGAAAAAUAUUAUCCAAACAUGUAAAUAGUGACAGUUUUUAUACCCCCUGGUUUUCAAAUAGGAUCUAAACACCUGAAGCAAGAAAUGGAGGUAAAAGAGAGCAAUAUAACUGCAAAUGAAGAUACAGGCCAAUAAAAGCCUCAAUGUAGGACCAGCAUGGAUAGCUAGCUUGGGUGAAUAUCUGAUGUUUCCUCCCUUUAUGGUUUUGAUUUAUGGCCUACUACUAAAAUGAGGCUGCAUUUUAAGCUGCAUCUUAAGACGUAUUUUAAUUAACUUUGUUUGUUGUUGUUGUUUUUUCUAUUACGUUUUAUUGUUAGCCGCCCUGAGCCCGACCCUGGCUGGGGAGGGCGUAUAAAUAAAAUUAUUAUUAUUAUUAUUAUUAUUAAAUGUGUAUCCGUGAAUGAAUGUCAGAAUAACAAGCCUUGUUAUUACUAGUCAAACAAAAUCCUGACCUAUCUGACAUUUGGUUAUGAGCGCUGAUGUGAGAAUUUUUUGAUAGUGCUUCAGAUCUUUUGAAUAUUUAUCCAAAAAAAGAUGCUAUUGCUGUUUUUCUGGUGUUGUGGAUGCUUUAGCAUUGCUGUGUAAGAAAGGCAGUCACUUCCUGCACUUCUUCAAAGGUACAUAAGUUACAGAUAAUGAGCAAUUUCUGUUAAAAACUAUUCUUCUUAAAUGGCAAGUAGCUGGUUUUUAUGUCUGAGUUCCAGCAAGUAUUCUCUAUUCCCCAUUCUAAUAGCCUUUCAAAAGAUGCAUUAAAGAACAGGAGCCAGUGAUUGAUCGUAACAGACUUUGUCAUUGUAGUCAAACAGAUUUUCCACUCUCAUAAAGAGCAGCUUGCCAACCGCUACAGGGAAACUAUUUUUCAAAAUGCCGAAUGAUGCAAGCAGUAAAGUAGUUUGAGUAGGAGUCUUGAGUAGGUAACCCUUGGAUCAAAUAUCAGUGCAAUGUGGGUGGUGAAAAUUAUCAGAGGAAGAGUAUGUGGCUCAGGGUGGUACUUGCUGAAGCACAGAGAAACUUCAGGACUCACUGACACUAGUUUGUGUUGCAGAAAGAGCCAGAAAAGGUGAGAAAACAUUUCCAAAAGUAACUCUUCUUGCUUGUAUGGAAUAACUCUGCUCAAGCACAGCAAGUCAAGUCAAAUGUGAAGUGGUGCUGGUUUUGGAGGCAUGAUAUGAACAAAGCAAAGCUAAGGUGAGUAAAUGGAUAUAAGAAAGUUGAUUCUCAAAUAUAGUAUUUUUACUGAUAUUAUUUAUUCAUAACAGCGGAUUAUGAUACUCAAAUACAUGGGCUGCUUCAGGUGGUAUCGCAAAGGUACCAACCCUGGAUAGAAUAAACCAGAAACAGUAGCCACAUUCGCUCCCCUUUUUCUUAAUACCAUCCCUCACACAAUGAAGGAUCACCUUUACUCCAACCAGAGAGGAUACACACAAACUCGGAAACAAGUGGCAGCCAUAGAAGCCUCCGCUGCCACACUUUAAGAAAAUCUAGGGACAAGUUGCAUGCCUCCUUUUGCCUGCCCAAUUGGGCUAGCCAUAGCAUUAGGCAGAAUGAGACUGCUGCCUUAGGUGGCAGAUUUGGGGCAUCAUUGUAAAAGCCAUGAAUGGUCAAUAAGUUAAUCCAUUUUAUUUUCACUGUAGAGGGAGUGUCAUUUGAAUUUUCUGCUUCAGCAGGUUCCAAAAUAUAUUGCCUUUUUGCCGAUUGGUAGAUGGAACAAUUAAGUGUAGUGAGAGCUAAAACCCCACAAACUUUGUUAUGGAAAUAUAACCCCCCCCCUCCAAUAUUCCCUACAAGUGAUGCCUAUCUGCUCCUUCAUUAAAAAUUACUGUGGUGCAGUUCAUGCUGCACUUGUUAAAACAUUUUCUAGGACUGUUGUGUUGCAGCAUGUUACUUGGCAAAUAGAUAAACAAGUUCAGAGCUAAACAAAGUGCGAGCAAAAUAUUAGUCUAUAUAUAGCACAAUAGUGGUACUGUAGAUGUUUUGAUUUAGUUGACUUACCCAAGCCUAGAAACCAAGAUAAAAAAUGAGAAAACGCUGUCAGGAAACUGUUGUAAUUGGAUCUGCUUGUUAAUGCAUGAUUGGGCUCAUAGACAUUUGUGACCAGAUUUAUUAUUGAGGUAACUCAAUUAACCUCAAAAGUGUUGCAGGUGAGAUGAAUUUGACCUUUGUUUAGUAUUAACUGCAUUUUAUUGGCAUCUCUGGUAUGCUGUUGAAGAGAUAUCCACAAAGAGUCUGAACUAAAUAUUGGGUUUUAAAAGGUAGAAAACACCAUUCUCACUUAUUCGGAUGGGGGAAUAUAUGAGAGUAGAGUGGAGACAGCUUUAGGACAUCUGAUCCUAUUCUGUCUUUGAAAGAAUAUUUCCUUCUUACAAGGCAACGCAGGAUAAAUGGCUAUGAUGUCUUCUGAAUAUCAUACCCUGAUCAUCAUGAGGAACAGAAUAUUCUGUGCCGCAGAAGAUUUGAAAUGUAUGCUGGGGUACUACCUUGAAACAUAGCUGAUGUUGGCUACUAGUUCCCUAUACACAGAACUGCAUGAAUAGACUGAAUAAGGAAGUAAAAUUCAUAUAUCCCCGCACCCUGAUACAUGUUUUGGGCUACCUUAUUUCAUACAUCCCCAUGUCUGGAAGACUGCCUGCCCUUUGAGAAGUCAUGUGAAUGGAUGCACAGCUUCUCUGAAAGCUGAGCAUGUUCUAGAAGAAGCAAAGCACAACAUAAGAUGCCUGGACCUCAGAAUAUGGAUCAACAACAUUGUAAUUCAACCCUGGAAGUAACUGACUUCUAGCACAAAAGCUCAUGGAAAAUUGAGCAAAGCAGCUACAACUUUCUGCAGCCUAAAGAGGUUUACUUGUUAGAUCUCUUACCUUGCCUUUACCAUGAGGUCCCAGGAUUACAAAUUGAAAAUGCAGUAUUAAAAACUUGCUACUAUAUUACACACUGCUCUAUGGGAGACCACACCUGGGCAACUGCCCAAGGACUGUACUUUUUUCUGCAAUGAAGGCUUGCCAAACAGUUUACACCUCCAAGCAGAAAUAGAGCGAGCAGGAAAAUGUCACAUUGCCAUCAUUCUGAUUCCUAUGCAGAGAACAUCAGUUCAACUAUAACACAGAGCAUACUGUGCUGUCAUCUGGCUAUGGAUUGUAAUAUAGUGCAGAUCCUCUGAAUUAUUGGAUUUUAUUUUGUUCUCGUAUUUUAGUUUUAUUAUGGUGUAUGAUGAAGCCAAUAAAACUUACUUAACUUGUUGCAAAUCUGAAUCAGCUGCAUGUUGUCCUGACUGAUGCCUGUGCACAGCUAUUCUAGAAUAAAGGAAGUGCUCAGAAGACCAAGAGGAAGGCUCCAGUCUGUAUUCUAUGGAAGUUAAUGAAAAACUGAUUCAAGGCACAUCUCAUCUUUGGUUAUUGCAUUAAGGACUGCAAAAGAAUUAAAACUGAAGUCUAUGAAGUAAGGACCGGUAAAGUUCAGCAUUAAAAUAUGAUUGUUUCUUAUCAAAGUUUCAAUGUGCAGUGUACUUCAUAAUCCAUCUCAUUUGUCUUUGCAAUGACCCUAUGAAUUAUAUCAUCAUUAUUCUCAGUUUUACAGCUAGAGACAGCAACGUACCAAGACAACCCAAAUUCCUACAGAAGCAGGAAUUUCAGCCUGGGACAAAUCUCUACUUGUUCUGCAAAGAGGGUUUCAUGCUCUCCAAAAGUAAUUACUGCCCUCAACUAUCAGUAAUUUGGGCCUGCUUAGACUGAUGGAAACCAGCCAUAAGUAGACAAGGUAGGAAAAUUGUGGGUGUGUACUGUAUGGUAAUAAUCAUCUUACUUUUAUUCUCUGUAGGUUGCAGUCAUCAGAUCUGCUGAUUUAAUGAAGUGAGGUCCUUGUGGCUAAGAACACUGUAAUAAUGAUGGCAGUAUUAGUCCAUGGACACCAUCUCUUUUUGGUUGGCUUUUUAGGCUUCUGUCUGGAUAGUUUUGUACAAGGCCAAAAGAAUAAUACUCUUAUUUUCACCAAGGAAAGCACGAUUCGUAACUGCACAUGUCCUGAUGAUAUUAGUGACAAUGAUUGCGAUUACAGUCUGGCAAAUCUGAUCUGCAAUUGCAAGACUGUUUUGCCCUAUACAAUAGACAAAAGCUACUACAAUAAUCUGACAAUUUGGUUCACGGAAACAUCCAUGUUGAGAAUGCUGUUGAACUUUACAGCUGUGUAUGACCUGAAGCUCUCACUAUGUGGCACGAUUCCGCUGUCAGCAAAAUAUCUGACCAUUUGGGGACUGCGAAGACUACAGAUAAAAAGUGAGAUCAAUGGCCAGAUACGAGAACAAAGCUUAACUAUCUACAGCAGCCACGACAAUGAAGCACAAGGCAAAUUAAAGAUGCCAUGCAGAGACAGAAACAUGAUCACAUACAUUGCUGUUUUAGACACCUCUCUCUUCAAUGGCUACGCUCCACUAAAAUCAUACAGUGUGGAAAACAUCUCCAACAUUACAGACCACUUUCCACAUCUGCCAUAUUUGGACACGUUCUUCACCACAAAUAACAAAAGCUGUAUUAUAACAUUCAUAUACUGACACAGUAUGCUUGGCCGUUUCUAUAGAGCAGCCAUAGGCCGUUGCCAGAAAUACAAUCUUGUAGAAACAGAGCUCCUGGCAUUCCUUUAGAAGAUGGAAUCCCCAAGGGAUGCACUCACUUUGGGGCAACCAUGCCAACGAUGGGAGGGGCCAUGCCAGCCAUGCAAAAACAAUCAGGGUAUGAAGUAGGGCCAGUGAAGGGCAUGGCCUGAUAAGAGCUUUGAGGGCUAGAAAUUGGCUCUCCAUUCCCCACCUUUGCUUCAAACCACACACACAAAUACAAAUGUAGAAUGAAACCGAAUAAGCACUGGCUCUAUAUUUUCUAUUUGAGUAAACAAUGGGGGAGUUCAUUUUCAUUCAGAGCUCCUCUGUUAGCUGCCUGCAACCUGCUAUGUUCAAAACAUAGGCUACCUGACUACUUGACUCUUUGGUCCUAUCUCAAACAACAAAAUUGUUUGCAGAGCUCAAUAGAUUCAACACUAACUCCCAAUCAUUAUUCACCAUGAAGUACCGUAUUUUUCGCUCUAUAACACGCACCCGACCAUAACACGCACAUAGUUUUUAGAGGAGGAAAACAAGAAAAAAAAUAUUCUAAACAAAACAGUGGAUGUAUGAUUUUUGUGGUUCAUGCUAUGGCCACAGACAUGUGAUCUGAUGGGGAGUUUGGGGUAGCCCAAUGCAAAAAUCCUGAGGAUCCAUGUGGAUCUGUGCUUUGUAACCAUGUUUUAAGUGGAGAGGGAAGGAAAAGCACUCAAGGGACAAGGAACACGCGUGGGGUGGGUAGAGAAGGAUGCUGUUAAUAAUGCAGAAGAGGGGUAUAAGAGGAGAAGGCUCCUCUCCUCUCCCGCUUUGCUCCUUUAAAGCAAGCAGGCUCUGCUUCUCUCCCUCCUCCCCGGCUCGCUGAAAAACUUUGCUGCUAUUUAGCCAGCUGAGUGGGGAGGAGAGAGGGACAGAGAGCCUGCUUGCUUUAAAGGAGCCAACCGGACAGGAGCCACUCGUGUAAGCGGCUCCUCUCCUCUCCCGCUUUGCUCCUUUAAAGCAAGCAGGCUCUGUCCCUCUCUCCUCCCCACUCAGCGGCUCUUUUCCCGCUUUGCUGUUUCAAAGCGAGCCACAGAGGAAGGAAGGAAGGGGAACCAUAGAUCCUCUGCUCACGACUGCAGCAGAUCCCCCCGCCAUCCAUAGGCAUUCGCUCCAUAACACGCACAGACAUUUCCCCUUACUUUCUAGGAGGAAAAAAGUGAGUGUUAUGGUGCAAAAAAUACGGUAUGCCCUUAAAGUAUGCUGUGCUUAAAGUGCCCAAGCAUUACUCUGAACUGGGUCCAUAGGAUCAGGUAUCCUAGGAUAUUGCUUGGCAAAUAUGGAUUAAUUUUACCAACAUUUUAAAUUGGAAAAUAAUGCCAUAACAUAUAAUUAAAAGCAGCUACAUUAAAACAAGCACCUAACCAACUUGUAGAUGUUCAGUGACAGAGAAAAAAUAUGUCAAGUUAUAAGGGGAGUUGGAAUAAUUCAGGAAGUUGUGAUGAGUUUGCUUGACUAAUCUUCUUUCAGUUGAAAGAAAUAACUGGUACAAAUCCUGAAAACAGGAGGCUUCAAAAUAUAACUCAUGCAGUAGUUGGAUUAUUCAUACGUCCUGAAAUGCAUAAUUAAAUUCCACUAUGAUAAAAAUAUAAUAAACCAGCUUCCUGGAUGGAAAAAAAAUUGAUGGGACAAAUUAGCUGCCCACUUCAUGCUACAGACCUAUCAAAUAUGAGCUAGAGAUCUAACCAUGUAUAGGACUCAGCUCUUAAGCUGAACACUAAUGCAGAUUGAGGAAAAUAUUUUAAAUGUCCAGAACCCAUGAAGCAGUGCCAAAAAACCACUUCCAAGAUUUGAAGUGUUAAGUACCGACAGCCUUAAAUAUGGAUAAGUACCAGCUCUUUACGGCGCUUGUUCUUCUGUGAAGUUCCAUCCCAUGAUGCUCCACUAUAUUAGUAAACAUUUAUAAGAGUGCCUAAAAUGUACUGUGCACUGUUCAAAUGUUAAAAAGCAAGACUGUAAUCCUGCAACCAAGAACGGUCUAACACAAAAGGGGAAGGGAUCAGGAAGGAAGCCGAAAACAUGCAAACUCAGGUUCUAAUUUUUAAACUUAACAUACUUGUUCUUAAGAGUGACCAGCUGGAAUGGCAAGUGUUCAGGGAGAAAAGGAAGCAGCCAAAUAACAGCUGUUUGAAUGCUUAAACAUGGAAGAUCAGGCAAAAGAAAUACUUCUUAUGCCAGCCAUGAUCUCACUGGCAGCUGAUGCCACUGGCAUGGGAAAUAACCAUGCAAUUGGCCCUUCCAUCAUGAAGUUAUGCAAGUGUUCUUAGGGCGUCCAGUUGGAAUGACAACUGUUCAGGGGAGGGAAGAACCAAAUGGUAGUUGUAGUAGUGUUUAGACAUUGGCCCAGGAAAUGACCAUGUUAUUGACACCUUCCCUCAUUCAAAUAUUACUGAAGCAGUAGGCAAUGGAGCCAUGAAGGAGUAGGAAUCAUACGCAUCUGUAAGGUUAAGAACUGCCUUAGACAAUGAUUUAGGUACUUCGUGACUUGAUCUCCAGGAAUUAAGUUUUAUUCUGUAAUUUUAUUAGUACAAAAUCUGAGUAUGUGUAAAUUAAAAUAAGCAAAUUAAUGGCUUCAUUCCAGGUAAUUACAUUACCCCUCAGUGUACUUCUCAGCACUACACAAGUGGUUAGCACAAAGCUCUCCAGAUAAUUGGCUCCUCUACUUCCUAUAGUGUUUCUGCAGUGCUGGAUUCUUAUGCUUUAAAGCCUCUUUAUAUAUAUUACAUAUUUAAUAUACACAUUUAAAUGUUUUAUAUGCACACAUUAAAAUGCAGUGAUUGUGGACAUCAACUGUAUAGUGUUGCGUGCCUCAUACAGGUAAAUGCACUUGUAGCUGGGGUUUUCAACUGUAUGAGCAGAUUAAAACAUGUUUUGUUACUGUAUGUGUGAUCCUCAGAGAAAAUAAAUCAAAAGAACAACAUUCUGAACUUAUUACUAUGUCUUAUUGACCAGAUAAAAAACAAUGUAGAUAAACACAAUGUCAAAUCAGCAACUUUUGGAAAUAAUAUACGUAACUUUAAUGUCAAAGGACUUUCUUAUACAAUAUUCAUGAUCAUAUUAUUUAACUGUGAUGUGGAUUUCUCCUUGUAACACCAUAGCUCUUGGCAUUUGACUACCUGAUAAUAAUUACUUAUGAGUUAUGUUGUUUGAGAUGCAGUUUGUAUUUGGAAUACUAAGCUCAGUAAACAGUGUGAACAAUAAUGUAUCCAGUUUUACCAGAUGAAAAUGUUAUCAUGUACAUCAAGUUUUAACUAAGCACAGCUAUUUUCUUUGCAGUUUUUACUAAUGCCAACUAGCAAGUGAUUUUGCUUGAGCUACGAGAUUAUGCUGAAUAAAAGAUGGUUUUGAAGUAUUUUAUAUUAUUUUCUAGUACGCUCUAUUUCGAAGCUUCUGUGCAGCUUGCAAAUGUGUGUGCAAUGAAAUAUUAAAACAUAUGCCUUUGAGGGACUUUCAAU